AUGAAGAUUUCGACCGCCUUUUCCACGCCUGCGUUUCCUUCGUGCACCUCUUCCUCUCGAAGACGAAGAAGAAGAACAACAAGAAGAACAACAACGACGACGAAGAGCGUUUCAUUCGAUGACGACGACGACGACGAUGCGCGUUAUAAUCUAGACGAACUCUUCGACGACGAUCGACCGUCGAACAGGAAAACCUUGUUUGAUGUGAGCAAGAAAGCGCGAAAGAACGUAAAGAAAGAUGCGCGCGAGACGAUGAUGAUGAUGUCUGCGUCGUCGUCGACGAGGAGGAGUGCAGAGGUGGAAGUACCAUCGGUGAUGAAAUCAAAAGCGGCGAUUUUAGCGGAAGAGAUGUACGAAGAUUCAGAGGAGGAACGAAUGAACGAGAGCAAAGAAGAAGACGAAUAUUUCGAAGAAGAAGAAGAAGAAUCUGAUUUGAUGCGGAAAGUGGUCAAAGGGGUGGAUGGCAUUCUGGACGGCGUGGAGAAGGAAACGCGACAGAACUUUCUCGUGAAAGGAACGUGGGAGACGUUCAAGAGAGGCGAACGAAUCGCGAACAAUCCGAGCGUUCAAAAAGGGGCGAAGAUUGUUCAGAAAGUGAGCGUGGAGACGGUGAAAGUGGCGACGCCGAUUGUCGCCAAAGCCGCGGCGACCGGGAUCAAGGAAGGCGGGAAACUCGCGUUUAAAGUCGCGCUCGGGGCGAAGAACAUGGGGGACGAGCGGAGGCAGAAGAAACAGGCGAAGAAAAUCGUGGAGAAGAAUUCGAACGGGAUCACGCCGACGUGGAAGAAAAAUGAAGGCGUGUUCAAAAGCGGCAAAGUGCCGUUUUCCUCGUCGUUCGGGAGGAGAAACGAAAAGGAAGAAGAAGAGGAAGAAGAAGAGGAAGAGAACGAGAACAACGUGUUUAAAAGCUUGUUCGGCGGCGGGAAGAAAAAGGAGCAACCUCCUCCUCCGCCUAAGAAGAAAAGAACAGACAUUUUCGGACGCGAGAGAGAGUAA